UGGGAAGCGGUUCUUUGCAAGCAUGCGCUACCAACAGGACUGUAGGACAGUUCAAUAGCCUGCAUUUUCUGCUUGCAACUGUAAGAUCCCCAUAAGCUUCUCGGUUUUCUUUUAACUACUAGUCAAAAUGCCUUCAAGAAAAUGCAACAAAGCUAGAUAUUCUACAGAUCCAAAUGGGAAACUUUGGGCUGACAAUCCGGACAAUUUUGGCAGGAAAAUGUUAGAGAAAAUGGGUUGGGAACCUGGGAAAGGUUUAGGGAAAGAUAAUAGCGGAAUCACCGCACCUAUAAAGGCUUCCACUCAUAAAGGCAAACGAGGACUAGGUUUAAAGUCAGAUUUCUCUUUGGGAAUCAAACAAAUUGAUGAAUAUGCGAGUCUUUUGCGGGCAUUAAACAAAUCAAACAGCAAUCCUGAUGAAACGAAUUCAAUUGGGGAAUGCUUAUCAACGAAGUCACGAAGAGGUAUUAAGACCAUACGUGCUAAAGAUGCAUCAAAAUAUAAUGAAGAAGACCUAUCAGUUGUUUUGGGAUAUGCAAAAGCACAUGUAUCGGAGGAAAAGGUUUCAUCCAGUGCAUCCAUAAAUAACUCCGAUGCUCAGUUUAUCACGAUAACAAGUUCACUGUCCACUUCAGAAUACUUUGAGAAAGCCAAAAGACGUAAAGAUAAAAGGCCAAGCAUUUUAGACCCAUUGGAUGUGAUAUCAGCUCUACCGUGUAAUGAUGUUCCACUGGUAAAUCAGUCAGGAAAACUAGAGACCUCGGAUUUACGUGUGAAUAAUCGUGACAAUCGGCCUGCUACCUCAGGAGAAAUCUGUGAAAACCAACAGUCAGAAGAUAGUGAGCUUCCUGAAAAGUUGCCAGUUGAAGAUGAAUGUGUCAAUCGGAAACCAAAAAUCGUCGAAACUAUAAACGCAGGGGAGAAUAUUAUUAACUCAGUAUUCAUUCAGUCCAACUUGCUAUCGAUCCCAGGAUAUUGUCAUUACUGAAUAUUUGUACAUACAAUUUGUGAUAACUAUAACAUUGUAUUAUAUUCAUAUCUCACUACCUGACUGGGUUACAACGUGUUGUCCGCCAUCAUCAGGAUCAGUAGUUAAUCCGUUAUUAUCAUAACUAAAGAGUAUACAUUGUAGCACUAUUCUGUUAGUCAAUGUCGUAUUUAGUUUCCUCCAACCUAUCAAACAAAAAUUCCCUACAAAACCAAUACUUUAAAAUGCCUUAUUUAAUACAAAAAAGGCUUAAUUGUCUCAGUGC